CAGUUUUUGGCUGAAACAGAUUGCCCCGAGGGUGCAUUGCCACGCGCGCGCGCGCCGCAGUACUUCGGCGCGCCCUGACCGUGGAGCAGCAGGUGCACUUCGGGUUCUCGCACCAACAUGCUGACGAAGGCAGACAGCAGGUGCUUCAAAGACGAGCGGAUGUCGGGGGAGGUGGACGAGCUCGUUGGAUGGACCACCGAAGAUUUCGAGGUCGCGAUGCGAGAGGCAGCUGCGCGGGAGGAGUGCGCCACUGUCGGCGAGGCUGGUGGGAAGGCCACGGCGGCGGCAUCCUGCAAGCUCUUCGUGGGCGGCCUCUCGGCUCAGACGAGCACGGAGGCCCUCCGCGCGCACUUCUCGAAGUACGGCUGGCUAGUCGACGCGGUGGCCAUGUCGAAGGCCGGGCGCCCGCGAGGGUUCGGCUUCGUGACGUACGACUCGCCCGGCCCUGCGGCCAUGGCACUCGUGGAGCCGCAGUGGCUGGACGGCCGCCUCGUGGACGUGAAGCGCGCGGUGCCUGGCGAGCGGACCCCAGAGCGAGCAUCGAGCAAGGUUUUCGUCGGCGGCUUGUCCCAGGACGUCACCACCGAUGACCUCAGGGCCUACUUCGGCGCCUACAGCCCCGUGGCUGACGCGGUGGUGAUGGUGGACCGGCGCACGAGCCGCUCCCGCGGCUUCGGCUUUGUCCGCUUCGGCAGUGGUGCCCAGGGUUCUGCCGCGGCGGAGGCGGUCCUCCUGGACUCCCCGAAGCACCGCCUCGCGGGCAAGUGGGUCGAGGUGAAGCGGGCCACGCCCGCCGCCGCUCUCCAGGAGCUGUCGCCCACGACAGCGUCCGACGGCGCCGGCAGCCCCGCGUCCCUGGCGAUGAUGGAGGCCUCGGCCGCCUACAUGAUGGACGUUCUCGCGUGGCCCGACGCCUUCGCCGGCGCCGGCUUCCCUAGCGGCGUGCAGGCCGCGUCGCCGUUGUGGGGCGCGGGCCGCGGACACACGCGUGGCCGCCGCGGCCGCCGCCGCAAGGGCAGGAUGGGCGGGGACGCCGGCGAUGGCAGCGACCGCGGCGAGGGCGAGCAGCAGAUGAUCUACUGCGACAGUCCCUGCGGCCACGGCUCUGCCAGCGGCUCGCCCUUCGGCAACUCGCUGUCAGGCCUCGACCUGCCCCCUGGGCUGCCUGUCAGCCCCGCGGCGGCGGUGGUCGCGGCAGGCCGAGCCUUCCAGGCUGCGUCCCUGGGGGCCCCGCUGGCGCCCCUCGGACUGGAUCAGCUCUGCUUCGACAUGAGCCCCGCCUCCAUGGCAGGGCGCCUUGGCGUCAUGGGCGGCGUGCACCAGACCAACGGCUUCGGUGACCUCGGCGGCCUCCGCGCCGCCGCGGCCAAGCUCUCGCAGGGCGACUCGGAGAACAACGCGAGCCGCGCCAACCGCGCCGCCACACCACCGCGUUGCCCCCAUGGCAGCCCAGGGCCUAACGCCUCGCCCAUGAAGGUGACCUGCAGCGACGACUUUUCUGGACUGCUCCCCGGACGGCGCUCGGGCAAGAAUGUGACCACGCAAGGCCUGCCCUCGUGGCCGUGUGCACAGUGAGCCGCCGCAUGCCGCGCUGCGGGAGCAGCAGCGUGUCCAGAAAGCCCUCGCUUCAGGACGGCGCCCCGCGCGCGAGCGCGCCGCGGCCCCAGGGGUUGCAGGCUGCGCUGCGCCAGUGCACAAUCACCCUUCGGGAGUCCGAAAGCCUAGGCAGGUUGCACACUUUCAGAGUUCCACCCUGCGCUCAUCAGCAGCGCUCAUAGGCGUGUGGCAACGCUGCCUCCCUCUCCCCACCCCCUUGCGCGCGCCGCCACUUCAGGUGCAGCUGCUAAUUAUACGUUCAAGGUGCAUUAUAUCCUGCGACGUGACGUGAGACUCAAGGGGGGGUCUCGGUCGCACGUCGCGUGCAGCGUGAUGCUAGCAGCGGCAGUCGCGGUCCUGGUUGUGACAGCCGGGCCCUGCACGCGUGCGCGGGCAUCUUUGAGCAUUACUCUGCAAUGCUUAAUUAGUACGUAAUCAGCGCUGGUGGCAAGCGGACCCUGUAGGGCUAGUGAAAAGGGCCGAAGCCGCCACCGCGUUGUUUUAGUAGGUGCGGCGUAGUGCCGCGCACGAUGAGUGCCAUUGGAAGAGGAGGCGCAGCAGGAAGAGAA